AGGCUGUAACAUAACCAAUGUCUAAAGGGAAGGGGUCUGAAUACUUUCCCAAUGCACUGUAUAUACCUUAAUAUUUAAAUUGUGUAAGUUUUAACUUGCAAUCCCUUUAUAACGAAGUCAUAGUUAAGGUUGAGAAACAAUGCCCACUGCUAAUUCAGUCGUGUAUAUUUUAUUUUUGUGUAUAUAUAGCACGCUCCAUUUGGUAUUUCCUUUUAGUUAGGAACAUAUUUCACACAUCCAGGAUUGACUAUAAACAUGAUGCCAGUUAACAUGAAGGGUAAUGGGCCCAAAUAUAUGUUGAAGGUGCAUUCUGCCUUCAGAAAGUAUUCAAAAUUGAUUAAAUAGUUUUGUUCUCACCCAUCUAUACACAAUAUCCCAUAAUGACAUGUUUUUACAACUUUAUGAAAUGCAGCAAUAUUCCAUUUAAAUAUUCACACCCCUGGGUCAGUAUGUGUUAGAAUCACCUUUGGCAGCGAUUACAGCUGUGAGUUUCUGGGUAAGUCUAAGAGCUUUGGACACCUGGAUUGUACAAUAUUUGCACAUUUAAAUUAUUCAAGCUCCGUCGAUCAUUGAUUGAUAGCUAUUUUCAACUUUUGCUGUAGAUUCUAAAGCAGAUUUAAGUAAACUGUGACUAGGCCACUCCAAGGACAUUGUGUUGUCUUGGUAAGAAACUACAGUGUAAAUUUGGCCUUUGUGUUUUAGGUUAUUGUCCUGCUGAAAAUUAAAUUUGUCUUUUGGAAAGCAGACUGAACCAGGUUUCACUCUAGGAUUUUGACUGUGCUUAGCUCUAUUCCAUUUAUUUUUAACCUAAAAAAAAUUCAGUCCUUGCCGAUGACGGGCAUACUCAUAACAUGAUGCAGCCACCACCAUGCUUAAAAUUUGAAGUGGUACUCUGAUGUGUUGUUGGAUAUUCCCCAAACAACAUAACUUUAUGUCCUGAAUACAAAGCAUGAAGUUCUUCGACACAUUUUUGGCACUUUUAUUUUAGUGUGUUAUUGCAAACAAGAUGCAUGUUUUGUGUGUAGGCCAGUGACACAUCUACAUUUGAAUACAUUUCAAAUUCAACCUGUAACACAAUACAUGGAAAAAGUAAAGGGGUGUGAAGGCACUAUACGUCACAAUAUUAGCUGCACAAACCCAGGUAGCAACAGUUAUGUUAUAUCAUAUUUACAGUGACAUUCUCAUGACCAGAGAUGUCUCAAAGCUGUAAGUUAAGCAUUUUCCGGGAAGGAUCAUUUUUACUCAGUUUGUUUCAACAUAAGGGUUGGUGUUAAUUACACAGGAAGUCUUUGGUCACACAGGAAGUCUUUGGUCACAGUUGCAGAAAUAGGAAAAUGUUUUAGAAGAAUGAAACAUGACAUGCUAUAAUUCUAGCCAGCACUUGACAUCAUACGGUGUAUUGGGAGGAGGUAAAUGAUUUCCUGAACAUUUUAUAUGAAAGUUUGCCACAAGUGGACUCUGGAGGAGGGACUUUGAAGAACCAUGUCUGGCAAGAAUUCAAGAAAAGUGAGAAUGGGAUCAUCACGUCAACCACGUCAGAAUCAAGAUGAACAUGAGACUAACAAAGAUGAUGAUGGGUCCCAAAUGUUGUCAAAGGAAAGGAAAGUAGUUGAAGUUGGGGCUGAUUCAGUUUCAGUGAUGCUCCAAACGGACCUUGUCUCAUCAGAUAACUUAUCAACAAUAACACAACAACACACAGAAAGAAAUAAUCCACCAUUAAAUUACGUCACAGAGUCACAUCUGUCUCAACCUGUAAACCCAUAUCUUCUAAAAUCACUUGACACUGCAGGGAAGAGAAGGAAAAUGGGGUCUACUCGUCAGAAUAAAAGAAAGCCAGAGGAGACAGACUUUGGGGUGAUACAAGACACCAAAACUGGAGACACAGAACAAUCCCUAGAACUUCAGGCAUCCAUUGCAGUUGUGGAAUCUGAGUCCCACCGCAAAGGAGAAGAGUGCCUGGGUCCUAAAGAAAGUGAAAUGAACACUCAGAGCAGAAGUCAAAGUGAGUUUCUUUUGUUUGCUUCUAACACACUCAACCAACCGGAUGACAGAUGUAAAGAGGAAGUUGGUGAGGAUACUGAACCUAGAACUAAAACUGUGAUUAGUUAUGGCACUGAACUGCUUCAAGAUACUCUUGGAACCGAAUCACUCUUGCAUCUGCCCCUAGACCUUGCGGUAGAAGUUGUUCAUGGAUUAGCUGCUGAACCCAUAACAGAGGAGUUGAAGAAAGAGGAAGAGAGGAGGCAGGAAAGUGAGCAUACCGAGGUGGAGUCCCCCACAUUUCUCAGCUCUAGACAGUCGUUAGAUCAAUCCCUUGAGUCAGACACGUUAACCAACACAGAAGAGUUUGAGUCAUUCAAUAACACAAUAAUCCUCCAAAGUGGAGAAGGUGAAGAGAAACUUGAACCUGUUGUAAAUGAGUCAGAAUUGCAAGAUGAUAUUAACUCUACUGGUCCAGGCAAUCAGGAAACGUUGCACCAAAGAGAUGAAGAUGAGAACUUUGUUGAUCUGAUAGUUGAGGAAAACAUAGUAAUGGCAAAUAUAACUCCUUUUAGACAACCAGACCAUGUAGAAAGCAUUGAACCUAAACAAAGUGAGGAUAUGACCUGCUUUUUACAAUCAACCCCCUCAGACAGCUCUUUGGGUCAUGACAAAAGUGCUCAAUCAGAAUCCAGGAGAAGAAAGAUGGGUUCAACUCGCAGGAAUCCUAGAGGUAGACAUGAGGAGGAAGAACAUGGAGAGAGUAAGAUGCAUGGAUAUCGUUACCUUUAUGAUGAGGGAGAAGAGGUCAUAUUGGGAAAAGAAGAAAUGUUUGGCAUCGAAGAGACUGAGUUUGAAAUAUCUAUGGAGCCUAAAGAUAGUGCCAAUGUAGACAAGAAAGAAGGAGAGCCGAUGGAAAAGGAGAAAUUCCAAACAGAGGAAGACACAGAAAACAUAGGAGAGACAGGAAGGGGGUUGGAAAGGGACAUGGGAACAGUGGAAGGAUCUGGUGUUGAAAUAUCGGAAGAGUCUCUGAUGUUAUUGGAACCAGAGCAUGGAGCAGAUGAGGAGAAGAAAGGAAUGGAAGAAGAACGUCUGAUUGAACCCACCCCUUUUGAUCAAUACAUCGAUUCAUUUGGUAUUGCAGAUCAAUUAUAUAACCAAGAGAAAGGGAACAGAUUCACUGUAGACUCUGUCAAUACAGAAACUGAGAGCAACAAUGAAGCAAGCAUGGCCCACAAAGUUGACCCAAUAGAGCCCUUCAGUGUUGGACUGGACCAAUCAGGAGUCACUUUACUCAGGGAGGAAGAAGUUAGUGAUUACACACUGCUUGUGAAUAAUUCUGAAGUGAUCAAGUGCAGCCAAAUAGCAUAUGAUUGUGCUCUUACACUAGAGUCAGAUGACACUUUCAGCACUGAUCCCAAAAUCUCUGCUAGUCAACUCAUCCAAACUCCAUGUAUGGAAAUCACUAACCCCUUUCUCAAACCAUUAUUUUCGCAGAGUAUUCAGGGUAAUGAGGGUGGUGCAAACACUGACCCCAAUACCACAGGGGGACUGGACACAUCAGAGGUCAUGUUACUCAGCGAGGAGGAAAUGAGUGAUCAUGUGCCGCUUGUAAAUGAAGUGAGUGUCAGUAGCCAAAUGACAUAUGAUGAUAGAACUCUCACAACAGAGCCCUGCCAAACAGAUGAGGCUUUGAGCACUGAUCCCAAUAUCUCUGCUAGUCAACUCAACCAAACUCCAUACUCGGAUGAAAGCCAUAACUCUUUUCCCAAUUCACUCUUACUGCAGAGUGUUCAGGACCAAGGUGAUAACGCAGCAAACAUCAACUCCAAUCAGAGUCCUUCUCCGAGCAGGAGGAGAAAGAUGGGGUCGACUCGUAGGCCUCCUAGAGUUGUACAAAGAGAAGAGGAGGACACAGAGGAGAAACAAGAAGUGGAAAUAGAAAGCACAGAGAUAGAAGACAAGAGAGAAAACACGGAUGCAGUGGAAGGUUCUUGCAUGGAGUUUGAAAUGUUGAUGGAAUCUAAGGAUGGAGCAGGUAUUGAGAAGAAUGAAGGAGAAGAGAGAAAUGAGGAGACUCUCCUGACUGACCUCAGCUGUUCAUUCAGUACUUCAUAUCAAGAGGGAAGAAACAUAGAGGCUGACAAUAUAGAAAGUGAGAGCCAAUCAAUUAUAAAGGAAUCAAUGGCAACAAAACUCUUGCUUCUACGUGAAGUGGAGUUGACUCAGAUUAGUCAAACUCUUCACAACUCUUACCCUGAUGUUCCUACUAUAGAGUCAUAUGACUCCUACCUGACCGAUGACACACUGAACUCAAAUCCUGCAAUCACUGGUUUGCAACACAAAGGAACAUCAUUGGAGGAAACACUUGAUGAAUCAAGAGGAAACACUGACUCCCCUCCAGAUCCACCCUCACUGCAGAGUUCUCUUGGGUCAGAGGAAACAGCAGAGGUAGAAUCCUACACUCCAGGGAGGAAAAGGAAGAUUGGUUCCACUCGCAGCAAGUCUCAUCCAGGUAGAAAAGGAGAGGAGAGAAGAGAGGAGGGACAGGAGGAGGAGAAAGGAGAAGACACAGAUGUUAUAGGAGAGGUGGGAGAUGUCAUUACAACAGCAGAAAUGGAUUCUAGCAUAGAAAAGACUGAGCUUGUAGAGCUUGAGGAACUUCUAGAAAAAGUGACAGAGGAGCAGGCGAUGGGAGACCCAGCAAUCAUAGUAGUGGAGGGAGAGGUCAACAUAGUAGUAGAAGGAGAAUCUGGCAUCGAAAGGUCUGAGUUUGUAGAACAUACAGAAAAAGUUAGAGUGGCGGAGGAGAUAGAAGUAGAAGUGAAAAUAGUCGCAGAGAGCGAGAGCAACCAAACUCCCUCUGACACAGCAGCUCUUACAGUAGAGGCCCAAGAGUCAUGUGACAUGGUUUGUAUAGAGCCAUAUAUAACAUCACAAUACCUGGAAGACAAUAAUCCCUCAUUAAAUGACCUCACAGAAAUAAAUCUGUCUCAAACUGAAAACCCAUAUCUGCUGGAAUCACCUGACACUGCAAAGAAGAGAAGGAAAAGGGGUUCUACUCGUCGGAAUAAAGGUAAACAAGCAGAGACAGACUUUGGGGAGAAACAAGACGCCAAAACUGGAGACACAGAAACAUCCCUACAACUUCAGGCAUCCAUUGCAGUUGUGGAAUCCUGGUCCUACAGCAACACAGAAGAGCUCCUGGGUAAAAAGGAAAGUGAAAUGGACACUGAGUGUCUUUUGUUUGCUUCUAACACACUCGACAAACCGGAUGACAGAUGGAAAGAGGAAGUUGGUGAGGAUAUUGAACCUAGUAGUGAAGCUGUAGUUAGUUAUAGCAGUGAAUUGCUUCAAGAUACUCUUGGAACCGAAUCACUCUUGCAUCUGCCCCUAGACCUUGCCUUGCAAGUUGUUCAUGGAUUAGCUGCUGAACCCAUAACAGAGGAGUCGAAGAAAGAGGAAGAGAGGAGGCAGGAAAGUGAGCAUACCGAGGUGGAGUCCCCCACAUUUCUCAGCUCUAGACAGUCAUUAGAUCAAUCCCUUGAGUCAGACACUUUAACCAACACAGAAGAGUUUGAGUCAUUCAAUAACACAAUAAUCCUCCAAAGUGGAGAAGGUGAAGAGAAACUUGAACCUGUUGUAAAUGAGUCAGAAUUGCAAGAUGAUAUUAACUCUACUGGUCCAGGCAAUCAGGAAACGUUGCACCAAAGAGAUGAAGAUGAGAACUUUGUUGAUCUGAUAGUUGAGGAAAACAUAGUAAUGGCAAAUAUAACUCCUUUUAGACAACCAGACCAUGUAGAAAGCAUUGAACCUGAACAAAGUGAGGAUAUGACCUGCUUUUUACAAUCAACCCCCUCAGACAGCUCUUUGGGUCAUGACAAAAGUGCUCAAUCAGAAUCCAGGAGAAGAAAGAUGGGUUCAACUCGCAGGAAUCCUAGAGGUAGACAUGAGGAGGAAGAACAUGGAGAGAGUAAGAUGCAUGGAUAUCGUUACCUUUAUGAUGAGGGAGAAGAGGUCAUAUUGGGAAAAGAAGAAAUGUUUGGCAUCGAAGAGACUGAGUUUGAAAUAUCUAUGGAGCCUAAAGAUAGUGCCAAUGUAGACGAGAAAGAAGGAGAGCAGAUGGAAAAGGAGAAUUUCCAAACAGAGGAAGACACAGAAAACAUAGGAGAGACAGGAAGGGGAUUGGAAAGGGACAUGGGAACAGUGGAAGGAUCUGGUGUUGAAACAUCGGAAGAGUCUCUGAUGUUAUUGGAACCAGAGCAUGGAGCAGAUGAGGAGAAGAAAGGAAUGGAAGAAGAACGUCUGAUUGAACCCACCCCUUUUGAUCAAUACAUCGAUUCAUUUGGUAUUGCAGAUCAAUUAUAUAACCAAGAGAAAGGCAACAGAUUCACUGUAGACUCUGUCAAUACAGAAACUGAGAGCAACAAUGAAGCAAGCAUGGCCCACAAUGUUGACUCAAUAGAGCCCUUCAGUGUUGGACUGGACCAAUCAGGAGUCACUUUACUCAGAGAGGAAGAAGUUAGUGAUUACACACUGCUUGUGAAUAAUUCUGAAGUGAUCAAGUGCAGCCAAAUAGCAUAUGAUUGUGGUCUUACACUAGAGUCAGAUGACACUUUCAGCACUGAUCCCAAUAUCUCUGCUAGUCAACUCAACCAAACUCCAUACUCGGAUGAAAGCCAUAACUCUUUUCCCAAUUCACUCUUACUGCAGAGUGUUCAGGACCAAGGUGAUAACGCAGCAAACAUCAACUCCAAUCAGAGUCCUUCUCCGAGCAGGAGGAGAAAGAUGGGGUCGACUCGUAGGCAUCCUAGAGUUGUACAAAGAGAAGAUGAGGACACAGAGGAGAAACAAGAAGUGGAAAUAGAAAGCACAGAGAUAGAAGACAAGAGAGAAAACACGGAUGCAGUGGAAGGUUCUUGCAUGGAGUUUGAAAUGUUGAUGGAAUCUAAGGAUGGAGCAGGUAUUGAGAAGAAUGAAGGAGAAGAGAGAAAUGAGGAGACUCUCCUGACUGACCUCAGCUGUUCAUUCAGUACUUCAAAUCAAGAGGGAAGAAACAUAGAGGCUGACAAUAUAGAAAGUGAGAGCCAAUCAAUUAUAAAGGAAUCAAUGGCAACAAAACUCUUGCUUCUACGUGAAGUAGAGUUGACUCAGAUUAGUCAAACUCGUCACAACACUUACCCUGAUGUUCCUACUAUAGAGUCAUAUGACUCCUACCUGACCGAUGACACACUGAACUCAAAUCCUGCCAUCACUGGUUUGCAACACAAAGGAACAUCAUUGGAGGAAACACUUGAUGAAUCAAGAGGAAACACUGACUCCCCUCCAGAUCCACCCUCACUGCAGAGUUAUCUUGGGUCAGAGGAAACAGCAGAGGUAGAAUCCUACACUCCAGGGAGGAAAAGGAAGAUCGGUUCCACUCGCAGCAAGUCUCAUCCAGGUAGAAAAGGAGAGGAGAGAAGAGAGGAGGGACAGGAGGAGGAGAAAAGCGAAGACACAGAUGUUAUAGGAGAGGUCGGAGAUGUCAUUACAACAGCAGAAAUGGAUUCUAGCAUAGAAAAGACUGAGCUUGUAGAGCUUGAGGAACUUCUAGAAAAAGUGACAGAGGAGCAGGCGAUGGGAGACCCAGCGAUCAUAGUAGUGGAGGGAGAGGUCAACAUAGUAGUAGAAGGAGAAUCUGGCAUCGAAAGGUCUGAGUUUGUAGAACAUACAGAAAAAGUUAGAGUGGCGGAGGAGAUAGAAGUAGAAGUGAAAAUAGUCGCAGAGAGCGAGAGCAACCAAACUCCCUCUGACACAGCAGCUCUUACAGUAGAGGCCCAAGAGUCAUGUGACAUGGUUUGUAUAGAGCCAUAUAUAACAUCACAAUACCUGGAAGACAAUAAUCCCUCAUUAAAUGACCUCACAGAAAUAAAUCUGUCUCAAACUGAAAACCCAUAUCUGCUGGAAUCACCUGACACUGCAAAGAAGAGAAGGAAAAGGGGUUCUACUCGUCGGAAUAAAGGUAAACAAGCAGAGACAGACUUUGGGGAGAAACAAGACGCCAAAACUGGAGACACAGAAACAUCCCUACAACUUCAGGCAUCCAUUGCAGUUGUGGAAUCCUGGUCCUACAGCAACACAGAAGAGCUCCUGGGUAAAAAGGAACGUGAAAUGGACACUGAGUGUCUUUUGUUUGCUUCUAACACACUCGACAAACCGGAUGACAGAUGGAAAGAGGAAGUUGGUGAGGAUAUUGAACCUAGUAGUGAAGCUGUAGUUAGUUAUAGCAGUGAAUUGCUUCAAGAUACUCUUGGAACCGAAUCACUCUUGCAUCUGCCCCUAGACCUUGCCUUGCAAGUUGUUCAUGGAUUAGCUGCUGAACCCAUAACAGAGGAGUCGAAGAAAGAGGAAGAGAGGAGGCAGGAAAGUGAGCAUACCGAGGUGGAGUCCCCCACAUUUCUCAGCUCUAGACAGUCAUUAGAUCAAUCCCUUGAGUCAGACACUUUAACCAACACAGAAGAGUUUGAGUCAUUCAAUAACACAAUAAUCCUCCAAAGUGGAGAAGGUGAAGAGAAACUUGAACCUGUUGUAAAUGAGUCAGAAUUGCAAGAUGAUAUUAACUCUACUGGUCCAGGCAAUCAGGAAACGUUGCACCAAAGAGAUGAAGAUGAGAACUUUGUUGAUCUGAUAGUUGAGGAAAACAUAGUAAUGGCAAAUAUAACUCCUUUUAGACAACCAGACCAUGUAGAAAGCAUUGAACCUGAACAAAGUGAGGAUAUGACCUGCUUUUUACAAUCAACCCCCUCAGACAGCUCUUUGGGUCAUGACAAAAGUGCUCAAUCAGAAUCCAGGAGAAGAAAGAUGGGUUCAACUCGCAGGAAUCCUAGAGGUAGACAUGAGGAGGAAGAACAUGGAGAGAGUAAGAUGCAUGGAUAUCGUUACCUUUAUGAUGAGGGAGAAGAGGUCAUAUUGGGAAAAGAAGAAAUGUUUGGCAUCGAAGAGACUGAGUUUGAAAUAUCUAUGGAGCCUAAAGAUAGUGCCAAUGUAGACGAGAAAGAAGGAGAGCAGAUGGAAAAGGAGAAUUUCCAAACAGAGGAAGACACAGAAAACAUAGGAGAGACAGGAAGGGGAUUGGAAAGGGACAUGGGAACAGUGGAAGGAUCUGGUGUUGAAACAUCGGAAGAGUCUCUGAUGUUAUUGGAACCAGAGCAUGGAGCAGAUGAGGAGAAGAAAGGAAUGGAAGAAGAACGUCUGAUUGAACCCACCCCUUUUGAUCAAUACAUCGAUUCAUUUGGUAUUGCAGAUCAAUUAUAUAACCAAGAGAAAGGCAACAGAUUCACUGCAGACUCUGUCAAUACAGAAACUGAGAGCAACAAUGAAGCAAGCAUGGCCCACAAUGUUGACUCAAUAGAGCCCUUCAGUGUUGGACUGGACCAAUCAGGAGUCACUUUACUCAGAGAGGAAGAAGUUAGUGAUUACACACUGCUUGUGAAUAAUUCUGAAGUGAUCAAGUGCAGCCAAAUAGCAUAUGAUUGUGGUCUUACACUAGAGUCAGAUGACACUUUCAGCACUGAUCCCAAAAUCUCUCCUAGUCAACUCAACCAAACUCCAUACUCGGAUGAAAGCCAUAACUCUUUUCCCAAUUCACUCUUACUGCAGAGUGUUCAGGACCAAGGUGAUAACGCAGCAAACAUCAACUCCAAUCAGAGUCCUUCUCCGAGCAGGAGGAGAAAGAUAGGGUCGACUCGUAGGCAUCCUAGAGUUGUACAAAGAGAAGAUGAGGACACAGAGGAGAAACAAGAAGUGGAAAUAGAAAGCACAGAGAUAGAAGACAAGAGAGAAAACACGGAUGCAGUGGAAGGUUCUUGCAUGGAGUUUGAAAUGUUGAUGGAAUCUAAGGAUGGAGCAGGUAUUGAGAAGAAUGAAGGAGAAGAGAGAAAUGAGGAGACUGUCCUGACUGACCUCAGCUGUUCAUUCAGUACUUCAAAUCAAGAGGGAAGAAACAUAGAGGCUGACAAUAUAGAAAGUGAGAGCCAAUCAAUUAUAAAGGAAUCAAUGGCAACAAAACUCUUGCUUCUACGUGAAGUAGAGUUGACUCAGAUUAGUCAAACUCGUCACAACACUUACCCUGAUGUUCCUACUAUAGAGUCAUAUGACUCCUACCUGACCGAUGACACACUGAACUCAAAUCCUGCCAUCACUGGUUUGCAACACAAAGGAACAUCAUUGGAGGAAACACUUGAUGAAUCAAGAGGAAACACUGACUCCCCUCCAGAUCCACCCUCACUGCAGAGUUCUCUUGGGUCAGAGGAAACAGCAGAGGUAGAAUCCUACACUCCAGGGAGGAAAAGGAAGAUUGGUUCCACUCGCAGCAAGUCUCAUCCAGGUAGAAAAGGAGAGGAGAGAAGAGAGGAGGGACAGGAGGAGGAGAAAGGAGAAGACACAGAUGUUAUAGGAGAGGUGGGAGAUGUCAUUACAACAGCAGAAAUGGAUUCUAGCAUAGAAAAGACUGAGCUUGUAGAGCUUGAGGAACUUCUAGAAAAAGUGACAGAGGAGCAGGCGAUGGGAGACCCAGCGAUCAUAGUAGUGGAGGGAGAGGUCAACAUAGUAGUAGAAGGAGAAUCUGGCAUCGAAAGGUCUGAGUUUGUAGAACAUACAGAAAAAGUUAGAGUGGCGGAGGAGAUAGAAGUAGAAGUGAAAAUAGUCGCAGAGAGCGAGAGCAACCAAACUCCCUCUGACACAGCAGCUCUUACAGUAGAGGCCCAAGAGUCAUGUGACAUGGUUUGUAUAGAGCCAUAUAUAACAUCACAAUACCUGGAAGACAAUAAUCCCUCAUUAAAUGACCUCACAGAAAUAAAUCUGUCUCAAACUGAAAACCCAUAUCUGCUGGAAUCACCUGACACUGCAAAGAAGAGAAGGAAAAGGGGUUCUACUCGUCGGAAUAAAGGUAAACAAGCAGAGACAGACUUUGGGGAGAAACAAGACGCCAAAACUGGAGACACAGAAAAAUCCCUACAACUUCAGGCAUCCAUUGCAGUUGUGGAAUCCUGGUCCUACAGCAACACAGAAGAGCUCCUGGGUAAAAAGGAAAGUGAAACGGACACUGAGUGUCUUUUGUUUGCUUCUAACACACUCGACAAACGGGAUGACAGAUGGAAAGAGGAAGUUGGUGAGGAUAUUGAACCUAGUAGUGAAGCUGUAGUUAGUUAUAGCAGUGAAUUGCUUCAAGAUACUCUUGGAACCGAAUCACUCUUGCAUCUGCCCCUAGACCUUGCGUUGCAAGUUGUUCAUGGAUUAGCUGCUGAACCCAUAACAGAGGAGUUGAAGAAAGAGGAAGAGAGGAGGCAGGAAAGUGAGCAUACCGAGGUGGAGUCCCCCACAUUUCUCAGCUCUAGACAGUCAUUAGAUCAAUCCCUUGAGUCAGACACUUUAACCAACACAGAAGAGUUUGAGUCAUUCAAUAACACAAUAAUCCUCCAAAGUGGAGAAGGUGAAGAGAAACUUGAACCUGUUGUAAAUGAGUCAGAAUUGCAAGAUGAUAUUAACUCUACUGGUCCAGGCAAUCAGGAAACGUUGCACCAAAGAGAUGAAGAUGAAAACUUUGUUGAUCUGAUAGUUGAGGAAAACAUAGUAAUGGCAAAUAUAACUCCUUUUAGACAACCAGACCAUGUAGAAAGCAUUGAACCUGAACAAAGUGAGGAUAUGACCUGCUUUUUACAAUCAACCCCCUCAGACAGCUCUUUGGGUCAUGACAAAAGUGCUCAAUCAGAAUCCAGGAGAAGAAAGAUGGGUUCAACUCGCAGGAAUCCUAGAGGUAGACAUGAGGAGGAAGAACAUGGAGAGAGUAAGAUGCAUGGAUAUCGUUACCUUUAUGAUGAGGGAGAAGAGGUCAUAUUGGGAAAAGAAGAAAUGUUUGGCAUCGAAGAGACUGAGUUUGAAAUAUCUAUGGAGCCUAAAGAUAGUGCCAGUGUAGACGAGAAAGAAGGAGAGCAGAUGGAAAAGGAGAAUUUCCAAACAGAGGAAGACACAGAAAACAUAGGAGAGACAGGAAGGGGGUUGGAAAGGGACAUGGGAACAGUGGAAGGAUCUGGUGUUGAAACAUCGGAAGAGUCUCUGAUGUUAUUGGAACCAGAGCAUGGAGCAGAUGAGGAGAAGAAAGGAAUGGAAGAAGAACGUCUGAUUGAACCCACCCCUUUUGAUCAAUACAUCGAUUCAUUUGGUAUUGCAGAUCAAUUAUAUAACCAAGAGAAAGGGAACAGAUUCACUGUAGACUCUGUCAAUACAGAAACUGAGAGCAACAUUGAAGCAAGCAUGGCCCACAAUGUUGACCCAAUAGAGCCCUUCAGUGUUGGACUGGACCAAUCAGGAGUCACUUUACUCAGGGAGGAAAAAGUUAGUGAUUACACACUGCUUGUGAAUAAUUCUGAAGUGAUCAAUUGCAGCCAAAUAGCAUAUGAUUGUGCUCUUACACUAGAGUCAGAUGACACUUUCAGCACUGAUCCCAAAAUCUCUGCUAGUCAACUCAUCCAAACUCCAUGUAUGGAAAUCACUAACCCCUUUCUCAAACCAUUAUUUUCGCAGAGUAUUCAGGGUAAUGAGGGUGGUGCAAACACUGACCCCAAUACCACAGGGGGACUGGACACAUCAGAGGUCAUGUUACUCAGCGAGGAGGAAAUGAGUGAUCAUGUGCCGCUUGUAAAUGAAGUGAGUGUCAGUAGCCAAAUGACAUAUGAUGAUAGAACUCUCACAACAGAGCCCUGCCAAACAGAUGAGGCUUUGAGCACUGAUCCCAAUAUCUCUGCUAGUCAACUCAACCAAACUCCAUACUCGGAUGAAAGCCAUAACUCUUUUCCCAAUUCACUCUUACUGCAGAGUGUUCAGGACCAAGGUGAUAACGCAGCAAACAUCAACUCCAAUCAGAGUCCUUCUCCGAGCAGGAGGAGAAAGAUGGGGUCGACUCGUAGGCCUCCUAGAGUUGUACAAAGAGAAGAGGAGGACACAGAGGAGAAACAAGAAGUGGAAAUAGAAAGCACAGAGAUAGAAGACAAGAGAGAAAACAUGGAUGCAGUGCAAGGUUCUUGCAUGGAGUUUGAAAUGUUGAUGGAAUCUAAGGAUGGAGCUGGUAAUGAGAAGAAUGAAGGAGAAGAGAGAAAUGAGGAAACUGUCCUGACUGACCUCAGCUGUUCAUUCAGUACUUCAAAUCAAGAGGGAAGAAACAUAGAGGCUGACAAUAUAGAAAGUGAGAGCCAAUCAAUUAUAAAUCAUUCAAUGACAGCAAAACUCAUGCUUCUACAUCAAUCAGAUUUCUCUGAGAUUUGGGAAACUCUUCACAACCCUGAUGUUCCUAAUCUUGAGUCCCACUUGACUGAUGACACACUGAUUUCAACAGAAAAAGUUAGAGAGGUGGAGAUAGAAGUUGAAGUGAAUACAGUCAUGGAGAGCGAGAGCAGCCAAACUGACACAGCUGCUCUUACAGUAGAGGCCCAAGAGUCAGGUGACAUGGUUUGUAUAGACCCUCACAUCUCUGCUAUUCAACAUACCCAAACAGCAGACAUGGAACAAUGUCUGUUAACACAAAGUAAUAGCCCCAGUCUUCCUUCGAAAUCAUCUCUGUCUCUGAGUUCCCAAUCUCACGAGGAUGUUGGUGAAUCCAAAGCAACAGGGAAGAGAAGAAAGAUGGGCUUUACUCAUCAGACACAGGGAGGACUCCACGCAGAGGAUGAGAAGCAGGAGACAGGAGAAAAUAUAACAGAGGCAGAGGUCAGAGCGGAAACCAUUGGAAAUCCAGAAGUCAAUGAUGUUUUGGAAAGAUUUCAAGAGGAGCGCAGGGCUGAAGCUGUCAGUCUGGAGGACCAACAGGAGAUACAGAGCACAGAGAAGGAGACAAUACUCAUAGAGGUGGUUGCCUCAAGCACGGUUUUGAGUGGAAAAGGGUCUGAACCAGUGGCUCCAGCUCCACAGCCAGGCCCUGGGAAUAAAAGAGGUCAAGAAAAGGCAGAGCGUGUGGAGAAGCCACCGGGUACCUUCGGAAGCUCUGGCUCUAGUUCAAACCCCUACAACGUGGUGAUGGUUGGAAACAGCAGUGUGGGCAAAACCUCCUUCAUGAGGCGUUUCCAAAGUGGAGAGUUCUGUCGGCACCACGAUGCAACCAUUGGUAUUGAUACCUGUAUACAGUCUGUGACAGUGGAUGGCAGCCCAGUGACUCUACAGUUAUGGGAUACUGCAGGUCAAGAAAGAUUCCACAGCAUCACCAGACAAGUGUUCCACAAAGCCCAGGGUCUAAUGCUGAUGUAUGACAUCACUUCCUCUCAGAGCUUCUGUGACAUCUGCUACUGGGUCAAUUGCAUUCAGGAGGGGGCUCCAGAUGAUGUCAUCGUUAUACUCCUUGGGAACAAGACUGAUUGUGCUGAACUAGAUCGAGAGGUUCAGACUCAUGAAGGGGAGAACCUUGCAAAGGGGUACGACAUGCUCUUUAUGGAGUGUAGUGCUGCAACAGGUGACAAUGUGACUCUGUCUAUGGAAACUCUGGCAAGGAUGCUAAAGCAGCUGGGUGAGCAGACAAGACAAGAAGAGGGAAGCUUGGUGUUGCAGAAAGAACCGCCAAUGAAGAAAUCAGGCUGCUGCUGAUCAAGGUGGAGAAGAUUGGUACAUGUCAUAAUCUGCAGCACAUACACGCACGCACGUAUGCACGUACGCACACACACAUGCAUUUGUGCCCUAUAGCCCCUUAUGAUAGUAUUUUUAUUUCUAAAUGUUCUAUAUGUAAUAUAGCAGAUGUAAAUGGUAAAAACAUUUGUCAGUGCAUGCCAAAGCAUAUACUGUAGUGGUAGUAAUGUAACGCUUGAGCUGAUUCUCCCUUUUCUACGUCUUUCAAACACUGUUUGUGGGGGAAAAAUAUAUUUAUUAGAUUAUGAAGAGAUAUAUAUUCAUAGCAACAUUAUUUAUUUACAGUAGAUAGUGUCAUAUUACAAUUUAUUAUUGGGUUUCUUUUUGCUUGAAAACAUCCACCUAUGCAGUUUAUACAAGCCUAAUAAAUACAUAAUACAUUCAA